AUGCAUCUUCUAGGUCGCGUCUCACUCUGCCUUCUCCUCUCGGCCCACGGAACACACUCCGAAAACCGUUUUCGAAGACCGCCUGGUCCGGGUCCCUCAGGUGACUUCCGAGAUAACCCUGUUUACCCGUUGGGAACCCAACUUGAUCUACAAUGGGAAACGGACUUUACGGCAAUCGACUUAAUCAUCUGGCAUGAAGCGACGUAUCCAAAGAGUAAAGCAACGUAUGCUUCAAUUAUCUCAAACACGCGUGCGCUGGGCAUGCUCUGGACGGUCAGCUUUACUGGCUUCCCUUCGCACCAUGAUCCGACUUUGAGCCCUGUGUACUUCAUUCAGAUGUUCAACCACAGUGCUUCAGUGGGAGACAUUACUUGCCACUAUUUCAACAUUACCAACUCCGUAGCAUCCACCUCGGCGACAACAUCGACAUCCCCUACGUCGACAGCUUCGACUUUGACGGCAGUUGCUACACUGGUUGAAGCAUCCCCAACCGCGUCACCUGGCUCUAGUGGAAUGAAUAACAGCGCAUCUACCGGUGUAGUCGCUGGCAUUACAGUGGGCGUCGUUUUGGGAACGCUGGCUAUCAUGGGCCUAGUGGGUUGGGUUAUCUGGAGGCACCUGCGGAAGAAGAAACAGGGUCAUGGGAGCGGUGAUGCCGGGGCAAGCGACGUGGGGAACUUUUCUGCUGUUCAAGAAAUCGGGCCCUCUCCUCCUCUUCGUUGGAAGUACGAGCUUCCUAUGAAUGCUCAGCAACAUCGUUAUGAAGCUGAUGGAACAGAAGUUGUGAGGUAUGAGAUGGCCAGCGAACUUGGUUCGACUGACAAUGAGAACAAAACUUUGAGGGUGAGGGGUGACGCAAUGUUGAGAGAGCCGUGA